CAGGGUAACGAUACCAUGGACGAUAUCACAGUUGAUCAAUUACUUCCAGCCAAACCAAACUCAUCUAACGGACUGCGAUGCAUACUAUUUAGCGGCCUUACUUAUAUUCCUCAAUCUACUAACAUCACCUACUUGCACAACUAUUUGUUGCAUCUGACUUCAAUGGGUAUCAGGAUACGCACAGCUUUCUGCGCUCUGAUCUACAGAAAGUGCUUGAGGUUGAGCCCUGAGUCACUGACCACGAUCACUACUGGAAACAUAGUGACUUUGAUGACGAAAGAUGUCGCUGCGUUCGAGACGAUGAUCAUGUAUGCGAAUGACGUUUGGAUUGGGUGCGUCCAAACGGUUGUGAUAUUUUAUUUGCUUUAUCGGAGAGUUGGAGUAGCAGCUUUUGUUGGAGUUGGACUGUUCUUGAUUAUGAUACCGAUUCAGAUUACAUUGGCAAAGUUGUAUCCAAGUUACGUGUGGAAUCGGCAAAGAAUACUGACAAAGACUACAAACUAUACGAGAUGCUGUUUCUUCAAUAAAAAUUAUAAAAAUGUAUAAUUGGGAGUCCAUAUUUGAAGAUAGGAUUUCACGUAAUAGGAGGAUCGAGAUAAACAGCCUAGUGAAGAUAUUCAUAAGAAAGGUAAUGAUCCUUCUCCUGGGCGCCUUGACCUCAAAACUAGCCUUCUUUGCCAUGGUAAUGAUGUACGUCUGGCUAGGCAACCCUAUUUCAGCAGAGCUGGUUUACUUUAUCCUCACUCUGCUGCAAAGAGUGAGACACGCUUUCAACGUGGUGAUUCCUAUGGGUAUCACUGAGUCCGCAGAGUUGUAUGCUUCAGCUAAGAGGAUAGAGGCUUUGCUCAAAACGGAGAGUGUUACGAAGAAUGCCGAUGAAAAAACUGUUUUGAAGGAUAAUAUGUUAGGGAUAAACGAAAAUGCUAAAGUAAACGUAAGAAAUACCACAGUAGAAAUACGGGGUCACACAGUUCUGAAAGGAAUCUCCUUCGAAGUAAACAAUGGGCUGACAAUUAUCUCAGGUCCAAUAGGCUCUGGCAAAACCACACUCCUAAGACUUCUGUUGAAUGACAUAAGUUGCAAGGAGGGCUCCGUGCUUGUAAAUGGCCGGGUAUCUUACGCUCCUCAGGAACCAUGGGUUUUUCCUUCUACUUUGAAACAAAACAUACUUUUGGGCGAGAAGUUUGAUAGAAACAGGUACGAGGAGGUAUUGAAAGUGUGCGCUCUUACUCUUGAUAGAGACAGACUUCCAGGAGGUAAGUAGAAGGCUUCUCGAUUUUCAUACUUUAGUCAUCAUGGAGGUCCAAGGCUAUUUUGAUAAUGUGUCGCUUUAGUGAUAAUGUAAGUUAUGGUAUCCUGAUGUCAUUACCUUAAAGCAUUAACACCAUCGAAGUCACUAC